ACCGUGAACCGCGGAGUGCAGGUCUCACACGGAUUACCUGGACACCGGCUGAAACUCCUGGGUGGGCAUCAAGCAGCGAGAGACAGGCAGCGCUGCUUUUUGCUUAUUUUUGUUUGCUGUAUCAAGUUUUACCGCUUCACACUUUUAGUUUGGAUCACUUCCAAGAACAUCCACCAUGGCGAGAGGCUUUCUUCACACUCUGCAUGUAUUAAUAAUGCUGGAGUUGAGCUCGGGCAAAAAGGUAUCUGACGAUCUUGGUCAAGCCGUGCGUCAAGGUACCGAAGACUAUGCGCCUGCGGAGCAGCGUGUCUUUACGCACGAGGGCGCGAACCGGGACAUGGUCUCCAUCAACAUGUUCAAAGUGUACGAGAAGUACAGCAAAGAGCCGCAAAGCCAGAGGGACGGAAAUACUGUGAGGAGCUUUAAAGCAGUCCCGAGAGUAUUUCAUGGCAAAGACGUGUUCCAGUUCAACCUGUCUACCAUCCAAGAAUCAGAGCUCAUACUCCUCGCCUCUUUUCAUUUCCUCUACAAUCGGCCACGCCACCACCAGCAACUGCUGCGUUUCCGAAGGCCUCGCCACCCAUCCGCCGGGCCCCAGCAUCCCUAUCCUCCCUCCCCGCAGCUGCUCUUCCAUGGAUCCUCCUCCUCAGACUUGGCUUUUGCGACAUCGCUGGGGAACAUAACUCUGGCUCCUUUCAAGAAAGGCUCUUGGCAAACCAGGGACGUAACGCCGGUGCUGAAACACGCCAGGGAUGGCAAACAGCUCGUGCUCACUGUGGAGUUCGAAAUGGGUUUUGCGGCAGCUCGUGGACAGCAACGGAGCCCUCAUGGCCAAGAGCGUCUGUCACCGGCCAACCUGCCUUACCUUUUGGUGUACGCUGACGACCGAGCAAUAGAUGAGCCCAACAGCGUGGCCAAGUCACUCCAGAGGUAUGGACCCUUCCCCGUGGCGGAAGACGCGUCUUCCUCGGCCUCAGCCUUGAGGAUCCGGAGAGAGCUUCAUCUCCAAAUCAAAACCAACAACAUUCCAGAGGUCCAGUACAACACCUUGAAGAAUCAAGAGCUGUGGCAGAACACCUACUUUCCGGCGAAGGCUAAAGCAGCAGUGAAGCCAGGAAAGAAGCACAGUUUGCAGAGCAGCAAGGGCCCGGGGAAGCCCGAGGUGCUGAGCUUCGAUGAGAGGACAAUGAAAAAGGCCAGGAGGAGACAGUGGAGCGAGCCCAGGGUUUGCUCCAGGCGAUACCUUCGGGUGGACUUCGCCGACAUCGGCUGGAGCGAGUGGGUUUUGGCGCCGAAAGCAUUUGACGCCUACUACUGCGCAGGGGCCUGCGGAUUCCCCAUCCCUAAGGUGGCGCUUCCGUCCAAUCACGCCACCAUCCAGAGCAUCGUCAGAGCGGUGGGAAUCGUCCCUGGCGUCCCCGAGCCGUGCUGCGUUCCAGAAAAGAUGAGUCCCCUCAGCGUCCUUUUCCUCGAUACGAACAGGAAUAUGGCGCUAAAGGUUUACCCCGGCAUGUCUGUGGACACCUGUGCCUGCCGGUAGAGCCGGAGACUGCAAGGUCUGCCAUCUAUGAAGAUGCUGGGUUCUGAAGAGGACGUACAUAUGGAGCAUAUAUCAGGAGGGCAUUUCCACCUUGAAGAGGACGGUGACAAAUACGGCAAAAGGGGGGGGACUCUUGAGUCUCAGGUUGAGAACUCUUGUGAAGCUUGGACUAGCCUCUGUCAUGAAGCCGGGGUGACCAAACACUUUCCAGUUUCCUCCACCACGGCCUCCGUCAUUUCUUGUUCUUCUUCAUCCAAAAGCAGUUUAAAGCGGUGCACUUAAUAAAAACCUGCUCAUGUAUUGAAAUUACUGUUUGGAUGUUGAAUCUGGGUUAAAAAAAAGAUCCUGCAGGUAAAUCUACAUUUCUGUUGAUCCCUUAUGAACUUCCUUUUGUCUUUUUCAGCUCACCUCACUUUUAUAAAGUGGUCUUCCCAGCUCUGAUAUUAGACGAGGUCAGCCAUUAUUUUCUUCGGCCUGGUUUUUGGAAUAUUUCUAACUCAAUCAAACUGAAAGUCUGGGUUUUAACAGUUCCUGAAACCUUCGGACAUCAGUAUCCUCUGUUGCUUGCCCCUGUCGAUAGGAUUGAUGAUGUGCCAACUGAUUGAGUCACUGGGGUCUGAUGGACACAGAAGCUGUAUGGCAGCACAAUUACCUCCUACUAAAUUAAUCUCCCCACAGCAUGUAAAUAAUGUUGAUACUAAUGCUUACUAAAUGGUACUUAUUCUUAAGUAAUGCCACAUUGUUGCCAUUGAACAGCUUCCACAUAUUAGCAAGGACCGUUAUUCAUGCAUGAGAGGUAAUAUCGUCUUUGAACUAUAUUUCAAUAGAGAAUGUUCUAUAAUUCUGUGUUCUAUCACCCACUGAGAUGUAACGUGUUGCUCGCUCUGCUACUGUUUCAGGACACAGGGAAAUGUGGUGCGUUGCUACCACCUGCUGUGCAUUUUGGGAAAGAUGAACAGACUAAACCAUUUGAAAUGAGAACGUUUUUGUACUUCCUGUUACAGCUCAGUAUUUACUUUUGAUACAUAAAUACUGUUAUCCAAGAGGACAUGUAGCUCACGGUUUGUAAUGAAAGUGGAUUUACGUAGCAAGUAAAAGGAUAAAUGUAUCUACCUUAUAACUGUAUGGCCCAAAGUGUAUCUGAAGAGUUGUGUGAUUGUCCUUUGACACAUUGUAGACAUAAUGUCUGUUAAGGAAAUUAACUGUACUGUACAUACGGUCAAAGACACUUGCUGACUUCCUUAAGUUAAUAAAAAAUAUAUAAAUCACAGACUGUGUGCAUUUGACAUACAAAGUAUCUUACUAACAUACAAAUACAUUAUAUUCACACACGAAUGCAUACAUAUCUGUUUGAUCUCACUUUACAAUCCUUUUACAGCAAUCCUGUAGUAGUAGUUGCUAUACUGCCAAACCCUUCGAUCGAAAACAGACCAACCUUAAAAACAUUAUUACCUUAAACCAUUAGUUGCAUUUAAAAAUAACUGAAUAAGACUGAAAACAUACAGUGUGAAGUGGACCGACC